CCAAACGCGGUUCAGUAUUUUGAACUCCAUACGCAUGCAAUUAAUGGCGCUUAACAAACUACUGUUCUUCCUGCUGCUCUCCUUCUCCGCCUCCCACGUCGCCACCGCCGGCGACCCCGACAUCAUCUCCGACUUCAUCCUCCCUCCAAACGUCACUGCCGUCGACGGCAGCUUCUUCACCUACACCGGCCUGCGCCCUGUGGUCAACUCCCCGCCCGGCGCCAGCUUCAGCGUCUCCAAGGCGGCAGCGGCCGAGUUCCCGGCCGUGCUCGGGCAGAGCGUGUCCUUGGCGGUGCUCAAAUACCCGGCCGGCUCCGUCAACCCGCCGCACACCCACCCGCGCUCCGCCGAGCUGCUCUUCCUGGUGCAGGGCUACCUGGAGGUGGGCUUCGUCGACACCGGCAACAAUCUCUACACGCAGGCGCUGCAGCCCGGCGACGUGUUCGUGUUCCCAAAGGGGCUAAUCCACUACCAGUACUGCAACUCCGGGAGCGCCGCCGUCGCCGUCUCCGCCUUCGGGAGCGCCAACGCCGGCACCGUGUCGGUUCCUAAGACCGUGUUCGCCAGCGGCGUCGACGAUGAGGUGCUGGCGAAGUCGUUCAAGACCGACGUCGCCACCAUCCAGAAGCUCAAGGCUGGUCUCGCAAACUAGCACUCGUUGUCCGCCGUCUUUAUUUUCACCUUCGAAUUGUACGUUUUCUGGCUCCGAUUUGUCCCUUUGAUUUUGUGGAAGAUGUUCUUGAUCGAAUUUUAAUUUGUUUAGCACGAAAAUAUUUCAUGAUUGUUGUUCGAAGAAUUUUAUGCA